GAGAGAGAGAGAGAGAGAGAGAGGAGGAUUCUGCUGAAAGGAGGCAUUUUUAGUGGAUGGGAUAAAACACAACCAUGGAAACUACAUCAGAAGAGAACCGAGAGCAGAGCCAGGAGAAAAAAGGUUGCUUCGAGUGCUGCAUCAAGUGUCUGGGCGGGGUGCCGUAUGCAUCGCUGGUGGCCACCAUCCUAUGUUUCUCCGGCGUGGCCCUCUUCUGUGGCUGCGGCCAUGUGGCCCUCACCGGCACCCUUACCAUCCUGGAGAACCACUUCUCCAAAGUCACCUCUGACCACGCCAUGCUGACCGACGUAAUACAGCUGAUGCAGUACGUCAUCUAUGGCAUCGCCUCCUUCUUCUUCCUCUACGGAAUCAUCCUGCUGGCCGAGGGCUUCUACACCACCAGCGCUGUGAAGGAGCUGCACAGCGAGUUCAAGACCACCAUCUGCGGACGCUGUAUUAGUGGCAUGUUUGUGUUCCUGACCUACAUCCUGGGUAUCGCCUGGCUGGGUGUGUUUGGUUUCUCCGCCGUGCCCGUCUUCCUCUUCUACAACAUCUGGUCCACCUGCAACGCCAUGAGGUCACCUGUGGCUAACCUCACCAACGUGGACACCAUCUGUGUCGACGUUCGUCAGUACGGUAUCAUCCCCUGGAACGCAUCGCCAGGCAAGGCUUGUGGGUCCACACUUGGAGACAUCUGUAAUACCAGUGAGUUCUACCUGUCAUACCACCUGUACAUCAUAGCAUGUGCUGGAGCCGGGGCCACCGUCAUUGCUCUGAUCCACUUCCUCAUGAUUCUCUCAGCAAAUUGGGCCUACCUAAAGGAUGCCAGUCGCAUGCAUGCCUACCAAGGCAUCAAACUGAAGGAAGAGCAGGAGCUGCAUGACAUCACGUCUCGUUCAAAGGAAUGCCUCAAUUCCUACACAUAAUGAUUACGCCCUGGUCCACACACACACACACACACACACACACACACACACACACACACACACACACACACACACACACACACACACACACACACACACACACACACACACACACACACACACACACACACACACACACACACACACACACACACACACACAUGCCAUCACAGGCGGUCUGACCAAGAGAACCCAUAACCUGCCAGCUGCCCUCAUUCAGCGCAGUGCUAACGCGGCUCCUAACAAACUAAUGCAUCAAUGUCUCUUUCUACAACUAACUGAUCAAAAUGUCUGUGUCAGAACCUCUGUUUUGUGUUUUGUGUGUGGAUAUACUUUUGUUUUUAUUUUUCUAAUUUUCUUAGGAAUGUUUUUGUUGCGAUUUAUUAAUUAAAAAAUUUUAUAACCAGUGAUUGCUGGUGAACUUGAAACAUUGCACUAUUCUAAAACACGAAGGAAAUAAAUCAUGAAGCUUGUUUUAGAGUGUUCUGUUAUGAUUCUGGUCUGACUGUCAGCCAUUAUGAAUAAGGAAGAGUGGGAAGUUCUUGUCAGCGAGAAGAGAAUCUGUUUUUUUUUGUGUUUAAAAAAAAAAUCAAAGAUGCCGUUUUGAUUACACCUCAUAGCACAACAUGGAACACCUUACAACAUCACAGAUAUAUACAAGUGGUGCAAUGUGCUGUUGCUAAUUGCAAACCAGUUUGUUCCUCCUGGCUCUGAAUGGAGAGCAUGUGAAGAGGAGGAAUGUAAAGGCAGAACAACAUUCUAUUGUGCAACAGAACAUGUAUGUGUUGGGCUUCUUUGACAAGGUGUUUACGUUACCCUCUGUCCAUUUCAAACUGUUAGGGUUUAAAAAAACUGUUCUGUUGCUAGUAGUUUGAGUUUAAAUAGGUCUGAUCAUUCUGAUUCUAGAAUUUGAUAAGUUACAUUCCAACUAAAAUGUUAAUAUUUGAAUUGAAAUGGUAAUAAUGAUGUAAAAUCCUAAUUCCCUAAAAGAGGAACUACCUCAUGCCUACGCAGGUACACUUACUGAACAUGCACAGGUAUUUUAGCUGAAGAUAACCACGUGCCCAUGUAACUGUAAACAAACCUGUGGCGUUUUUAAAAUGUUUAUUUGAGUCAUUUUAGGAGGAAUCCUUUACAUUUUUAGUCCUUAAACUUUGAGUCCUUACACCAUUAGUCCUUACACCAUUAGUCCUUACAAUUUUAGUUUAUUUAUUUUUAUUUUAUUUUACCCUGGCAAGUGAAUGGUGCCAAUAAAAUUAUACAGUUAGAUUGACCAAAAUAUUUCAUCUUAAUACAUGGCCAUGAUGUGAUUCCACGGUUAAUAAUUAGUAUCGUUUUAGUUUUUCAAAUGCAGCAUUUUUAUAGAUCGUCUACAUAUAAUUUAAAAUGUCUUGAUUAAUGUCUUUGUGAGAUGAAAAAUAAAGGUCAAAUUUGACUAUUAAACAUGGGGAUGGUUUGUUGCACAGAGGGGCUCGUAUGUCCAAAGUAUUGUUGGGAUGAAUAAAUGCUUCUUAUUGUAUAGUGUAUUAUGAUCUUCCACAGUUCAUCCCAAAUUCCCAUGUGUGACUUGAACUUCCCAUUUGCGAUUGUUGAAUCUUUAUCCUUGUAACUACAAGACACAACAGGCUUACAUUUGACUUGGUUGAGAGAAAACGAGUGUUCUGAAACUAAAUGUUAAUGUGCUUUGUUACCAUGGCAAACCUUGUGAUUUAGACAGUGCAAGUAAGGGAACGUUAACCGUUCUCUGUUCAGGCUGAGAUAACUCUGUGUUAGGGUGUUGAUCUGUACAAUUUAAACAUGUUACAAGUCAGGAGUUUUUUUGUUGUUGUGAUGUUUCAAUCUUGUUUUUUUUUAUUGAAGAUAUAACCACUUAAAAGAACAAACAAAAAAAUGUUUUCUAAAUCUCUUGAAUUGUAUUUCGGUAUUGUUUUAAAAAAACUUGCAAUUGUUAAAAUACUGACAUCAUUACUGAUGCAAUCUUUAUCUGUCAUUUAUUCACUAGUGCAUUAUUAAGGAUAAACUGUUUCUGCAGUGAUACAGGUGAUGUGUAGUCAUUUGUACUGACAACUAUGGUAGGCAGUGUUUGCCGGUUUCCAGAGAACAAUUUAGUCCAGGGUAUGACCACUGUAUGUCAUUGUAGUCCACGGUGUUUCUUAGUUCUGAAGUAUAUAACUCCUCUAUAAGUAUUUUCUAUUAGUGUCAAGGUCUUCCUUGGGAAUUUAUUUCAGGUAAUACUUAACUUGUCACAGUAUUCUGAAUAUUGAUCAUCACACCGACAAAGUUUAUAAAAGCCACUGUAUGUCUUGAUUGUUUUGGAAACAAAAUGGCCUCUGAAAUAUAAUACAACACAUUCAAAAGGUUUGUAGUGGGCCUGCAGGAAUAUGACUUUGAUGUGAAUUGAAUGACAUUACCGUCCCAUCAUGCAGUGCUUCCUGUGUAUAAUGUACCAAAAAAGAAUAGUAAUCAAAAUGGCUACCGAUCAAACACCAGGAGGACACCAAUCCAACGUCCUGGCUGGGAUCCCCUUUGACAUUUCUCUCUCUCUAAUUGUUUUUAUGAAAAUAAAAAAUAAAAGUAUGUACUCCUAAA